AUUCAACAAGUAUAAAGAAAUAAUAAUUUACAAAGAAUAAUUGUUGGAGGCCUCUGACUAUAGGCUUGUGGCCGCUCCUCUAAUAACAAUCAUCACUACGUACAUUCAUACAGGUGAAAGUGAUCUAUCUUACCAACAACCAAAGUAAAAAUUUGUUUUAAGUCAUUUUUUCAUUCGUGGUUACAUUUUAAUACAUACAGUUCUAAGUUUGUUGCACGCAUGCGUAAUUAACAUUGUAUAAAUAUAAAACAAGGUAUUUACCACUUCUUGGCCAGUGGUUAAGCGACAAUGGCGACGAUGAACCAAAAGGUAUUAUGGCUGUGUCUAUUAUUAAUAAAUUUAGCCUUCGCAGAUAACAUUAGAAUAAAACGACAAGAUGAUGAUGAAGGUGCGGACCAAACAACAGAAGAAUUAUGUGAAAAUCGACCAGCCGAUGAAUACUUCCGAUUGUCAACAGAUGGCGAUUGCCGGGAUGUAGUAAGGUGCGAUUCAGCAAAAGAAAAUGGUAUUACACGAUUAGCAUCAGUAAGAUGUCCAGUCGGUUUGGCGUUCGAUAUUGAUCGCCAGACUUGUGAUUGGAAAACUAAUGUUAAAAAUUGUGAUCAAAUAGAAAAACCACGUAAAAUCCUUCCAAUUUUCAAGACUGAUGAACCAGUUUGCCCAGAUGGUAAAUUAUCAUGUGGAAAUGGUGAAUGUGUUGAAAAAUCAUUGUUCUGUAAUGGAAAACCAGAUUGCAAAGAUGAAUCUGAUGAAAAUGCAUGUUCUGUCGACAGCGAUCCUAACAGAGCACCAGAUUGUGACCCAACUCAAUGUUCACUCCCAGAUUGUUUCUGUUCUGCUGAUGGAACACGUAUUCCAGCUGGUAUUGAACCAACUCAAGUACCACAAAUGAUCACAUUAACAUUCAAUGGAGCCGUAAAUGUAGACAAUAUUGAUUUAUAUGAAGAAAUCUUCAAUGGACAACGUGUAAAUCCAAAUGGAUGUCAAAUCCGUGGUACCUUCUUCGUAUCCCAUAAAUACACAAAUUAUUCAGCUGUACAAGAUUUACAUCGUCGUGGUCAUGAAAUUUCCGUCUUCUCGCUAACACACAAAGAUGACCCACAAUACUGGUCACAAGGAUCAUACGAUGAUUGGUUAGCUGAAAUGGCGGGUGCUCGUUUAAUUAUUGAACGUUUUGCCAACAUUACCGAUGGAUCAAUUAUUGGAGUUCGUGCCCCAUACUUACGUGUUGGUGGCAACAAACAAUUCGAAAUGAUGGCCGAUCAAUUCUUUGUGUACGACGCCUCAAUCACAGCAUCUUUAGGACGUGUCCCAAUUUGGCCAUAUACUUUAUACUUCCGUAUGCCACACAAAUGUAAUGGUAAUGCUCACAACUGCCCAAGUAGAAGUCAUCCAGUUUGGGAAAUGGUCAUGAAUGAAUUAGAUCGUCGUGAUGACCCAACAUUCGACGAAUCAUUACCUGGUUGUCAUAUGGUUGACUCAUGUUCCAACGUACAAACUGGUGAUCAAUUUGCUCGUCUCUUACGUCACAAUUUCAAUCGUCAUUUCAACAGCAACCGUGCUCCAUUAGGUCUUCACUUCCAUGCUUCAUGGUUAAAGAGCAAAAAAGAAUUCAAAGACGAAUUAAUUAAAUUCAUUGAAGAAAUGUUGGACAGAAAUGAUGUAUACUUCGUUACCAUGUUACAAGUUAUCCAAUGGAUGCAAAAUCCAACUGAAUUGACUGGCUUAAGAGAUUUCCAAGAAUGGAAAGAAAAAUGUGACGUGAAAGGGCAACCUUACUGUUCAUUACCAAAUGCAUGCCCAUUAACAACACGGGAAUUACCUGGUGAAACACUUCGAUUAUUCACAUGCAUGGAAUGCCCAAAUAAUUAUCCAUGGAUUUUAGAUCCAACUGGUGAUGGAUUCUCCGUCAAAUAGAAAGACAUACUGUCAAAAUUUCCUAUUAUAAAUUAUUUAAAUUAAACAAUUUUUUUUAGAUAGGAGUUUUUUAUA